AUGGCAGCUGAUCCACCACCAGUCGAGAGGCUUCUUGGUGAUUAUGAUGGAAAUAAUGCACCGCUGCAUCCCAUUACGAUCAAUCAACUUGAAAGGCGGUCUUUUUCUGGAAGGGUGAACGAAGAUGCAAAUAAACAUCUUCAAAGGUUUCUGACUAUGAGUACCACAUUGAAGAUAGACGGGCAUACUGAGGAAACGAAGAGGGUACGUAUGUUCCCUUUCACCCUAGCUGAUGAGGCUGAAGAAUGGUUCUAUUCCCUACCUGAAGGGAGUAUUACCACCUGGGAAGAGAUGGAGAAAGGUUUCCUGAAUGAAUACUUUCCUACAUUAGUGUCAUUAAGAAAAAGAUGA